AUUGGAGUUCAAAUGUUAAUUUAAUUACAAUGAAAUCACAAUCCCUAAGAAAUUCUUAUAGGAACUCUGGUAGUUUUAUUAGGAACUCUUUCAAGACAACAAGAAAUAGUUCUUUACAAUAUUCUAGAAUAAAUAAUAAUAUUAAUAUUCAGCAAUGGAAAAAAGAAAAUCAAAUCAAAGAUUCAGGAACUUAUAAUAGUAGAAGGCUUUAUAAUUUGUUUCCUAGCGUGAAUAAAAGUGAUUCUAGUGUUGAUGAUAAUAGGGGAAUUUUGAUAAAAAAUGACAAUAAUUUGAAAUCAAAUAAUUUUGGAUUUGAUAAUAAUGAAAACGAAGGAUUGAGGAAAUUGCCGGAAGAAAUCGAUACGUCUCCACAAGUUCUUUUUCCUAAUAAAAACCAAUUUAAUCAAGAACAAGAAUCCUCUUCAUCAUCUCAGAAAUCAAGCGAAGAUUCGUUAUUGUCUGGUGAUGCAUUACCAGAUAACAUGUUAGUUCGUAUAACAAAAUUAGAUUUUAACCCACCGCGAUCACCAAAUUCCAAAGCAAAAACAUCAAUAAGAUUAGUUAUUCAUUCAGUUACACAUCACACAAAACCAAGUUCAUCAUAUCAAGAACAAUUAAAGAAAAUGUUUUUAUUCCCUUUUGAUUAUCAUUCUUUUGUAUUUGAUGCCUUAAAAAUUGAUGUUUAUGAACAUGCUAGUUUUUUGUACGCAAAAAAAAAAUUAGGAAGAGUAAUUGUCAGACUAAGUGCUUUAAAAGAUUCGAUUUUGAAUCAAAAGGAUUUUGAAGGAAAUUUUCCAUUGGAAUUUAGUGGUGAUCCACAUCCUCAGAAAAUUGGUACAAUAGAUAUUGCAAUAAAAUUUCACUUUCAAAAUGAUCCACCGCUUCUUUCUCCAAAACCUUCAAGCCAACCAAAACCUGUUGUAACUCGUUCAAAAACAGCACCAGCUUUGCUUUCAAGCAGUAACAACGAUCAAAAUAGACAAAUAUUACCUCCAGUAAUAGCAAACACGAGAGGAAUCGUAGAUCAAGAAGUAUCAAGUGAGAUAGAGGAAGCCGAUGAAGGAGAAUUUGCGAAUAUAACGCAUCCUGAAACUAGGCCUUUAGGCAUACUUGAUAGGGUAUUAAAUCAAGAGACAAGGGAUGCUAUUAAAGAGAUCACUGUGUUGUAUCAUGCUUUCUUUGAUCAUGGAUGGAGAUUGAGUAAAUUGGAGUUCUUGAAAGCUUAUAUGUUGUUGGAAAAAUACUAUUCUCAAAAGCCAAAUCAAGUGACAGGAUGUUUAUAUCAUGAUAUAGAAAGAAUUCAAACCGCUCAAAAAUAUUUAAAAUAUUCUAUGGCUUCAUAUGGAUCUUUUUUAUUUCAUUGGUUUGGAUAUGGUCAUAAUAUGGCUCCCUUAAAUGCAAUCAGAAUAAAUUCAGACCGUAAAGCUGUCCAAGAAUUCUUUUCGCUUGAAAAAGAUGAUAUUAUUUGCUGGGAAUAUGGUCAAAAAGCCGUAUCCGUUCCUAAUUACAUGGUAAUUCAUGAUCCAGAGACUAACUCAAUAAUCAUAUCGAUUAGAGGAACGAUGAAUGUUACAGAUGUGAUUACGGAUGCAUUAGCACAUUAUGAACCUUGGAAUGGAGGGUUUGUUCACAGAGGAGUAUUGCGUAGUGCACAAUACUUAGUAAAUCAUUCACUGGAUGAUAUUAGAGAAGCCGUAAAAAAAUUUAAGUCAAAUGCGAUACAAAUUAUUGGACAUUCAUUGGGAGCCGCAGUUUCAGCAGUAGUUACAUUAUUGUUAAGAGACAAAUGUAAAGAUUUAAUCGAACAAGGAAUUGAUAUACAUGCAUGGAAUUUUGCUACGGCACCUUGUUGUUCUUUAGAAUUAGCUUGUAGAGCUGAAACUGAAAGUUGUAUUGAUAAUUUUGUUAAUGAGAAUGAUGUUAUACCACGAUUGAGUUAUGGAAAUUUAAUGGAUUUUAAAGAGUUAGUUAAAUUUGCUGCUAGUGAAUUGAAAAAUGAGAAAUACAAAAAGUUAAGUUCAAAAGACAAAUUGGCUAAAAUCCUAACUUCAAUUGAUGAUUAUCGAACAGCAUUAAAGUCCAAUUCAUCCGCACAAAAACUAUAUAUACCUGGUACAAUAUAUUAUUUGUAUAAAGGAUUUCAUAGAUCACACAUUAAAUCUUCAAUAGCAUUCUAUACGAAAGAUAUUGUAUGUGAAAAAUCUAGGCCUGAAUUAUUUACAGAUAUAAGUUUACGUAGGAAUUGGUUAUUUCAUCACUUUCCUGAUAGAUAUGAUAAAAAAUUCAAAGGGGUAACAAAAUUUUUAUUAAGGAAAUUGAAUGAAAAAGAUGAUGGAGACAAGGGCAAUAAAUUAUUGAAGAAAUGGAAGAAAGUUGCUGAAUCCGAAGUUGUUAAUGAUGAAGGAGGUAGAAUGGGAAAAUGGAUGUCAAGAAGUGGUCAUAUGUAAAGAAAUUGUAAAUAUUUUAAAUAUUUUAUAUGCCGAACAAUGUGAAUUCAGUAUAUUACAUAUCACCUGACUUAAAGUUAGUUUUAUUUUUUUUUUAUUUUUUUAGUAGACACCAAGUAUUAUUGUGAUUAUUCAUAA